AUGACACAUGACUCAGGCACUAGACGCGUUUUUAGAGAAAUAAGGGACAAUAUAAAAGCUUGCCAACGCGAAAAAUCUGUUAUCGAAGAAGAUUCGCAGAACACGGUGCGAGCUAUUCAGGCUCAUAUUCAGAAUUUGAAAGAAGAACUAGAUGCAUACGGUCAGAAAUUGAUCAAAGAGGUUUUAGAAAAUGAGAGCAAAGCGAUCGCGACUCUUGGAAAGAAAAUCGACGACGGGGAAAGAAAUGAGAAAGCACUUAAGGUGUCAAUGGCUACUUUAAAACAGAUAUCAGAACGACUUAGAGAUGUAGACAUCAUAAACAAGUAUGACAGUCUAAAAGCAACAAUUACAGAAGCAAAACGUUCCAGCAAAUCCCUACCGGUACAGUCAGUGCGAAUUAAAUACAAGCCUUUGAUACAGUCAAUCAAACCUCUAAUGGGAAGGAUUCAGACGAAAACGUCACUGAAGAAGCCGUUAGAUUACAUAGAAAUUUGUUCUCUGAACUUUCAGAAGUUUGUAAGCGCAAUAUGCCCAAUAGAUGAAAACAAGGCGUGGGUAGGGUACAGGAAGUUCAUUCAGCUGUGCGCAAAUGAUGGCUCGCAAGGAACGCGCGUUGACAUGGAGGAGACUGUUGUAUCCAUAGCCACCACAUCUUCUGGUGCAAUUGUUGUUUGUUGCAAGGCCAGUGUCAAAGCCCUUCUAAACAAACCGGCGCACAAAGUUCUUUUCCACCUUGUGCACGAGCCAAGUGAUAUGGUCGUGAACGAAAAUGACAAUCUUAUCGUCUGCUUUAAAGAGGCCAAGAAAGUCACCGUGUUCUCCAUACGCGGUAAACCGCUGCAAGAGAUGGAUGUUAGAAACCUAGGUUUCCGCUUUGGAUUUCGAAUGAACGACCCUUGGAAACUCGCCUUAGAUGAUAACCAGAAUGUCUACCUGACGGACUAUUUGUCGGAGACGAUAGUCGUGUAUGACCGGUACUUCGAACUUAAAACGGCGUUCGCGAGUAACGUGUAUCGUAACGCGUCGUUGUGUUGCAGCCGCGGACUACUUUUCGUCGCGGACUACAAACGCGACUGCGUGCAGAUUCUCUCCGAAUCCGGGGAUUUACUGCAAACCUGUCAAACGUCCGCUAUCGGCUCGCCAUCUAGCAUUGCCGUGGACAAAACCGGAAGUUUGUGGCUUGGAUCUUUGAGUGGACAGGUCAAAGUUUAUUCUAAGCGAUGAUUGGUUGAUGCGACCUGUUUUCCAAGCGAUGAUUGGUUGAUGCGACCUGUUUUCCAAGCGAUGAUUGGUUGAUGCGACCUGUUUUACAAGCGAUGAUUGGUUGAUGCGACUUGUUCUCCAAGCGAUGAUUGGUUGAUGCGACCUGUUUUCCAUGCGA